AUGCCCAUUGUGACAGCAGAGGCGAGCUUGCCUCCGCCCCAUCUUGGCUUCCAUGCAAGCAGGAACUCCAAGCUUUUCUUCUGUCGGAACAGGGGUCGAUCCAAGUGUGCAUCGGAUGCUUGUUUAGGCAGUGCUCUCUCCCGCGCUGUUACUCCUGCCUCCUUUUCUAACGAAGCCACCGAGGAUCCUUUGCCCAAACACCAUUGGCUUUGCCAGUCCAGCCCGAUAACGAUCUGGCAAAUUGACGAGAAGCGCAAGCAAGUAACAGUCGGAGGAUGA